AUGGGCUCCAGCUUCCACAACGAGAGCCUUGACGGCCACGACAAGCACAAGGAAGUCCUAGGAGCUACUAGGGAGACUUUGGUUAUUGACGAAGCCGUCUCCAAACGUGUUGUGCGCAAGUACGACUACCGUAUUCUACCGCUGUUCCUGCUGAUCAACCUUUUCUCAUUCAUCGACCGCGUCAACAUCGGCAAUGCUCGGCUGCUGGGGCUCUCGAAAGAUCUUGAGCUCGGCGUGGGACUCCGGUACAAUAUCGCCCUGAUGUGUUUGUUCGUUUCAUACUGUGUGGUCGAGCUGCCGUCAAAUAUUGCCUGCAAGAAGAUUGGUGGCCAUGUCUGGAUUCCUUUCCUGAUCUUCUGCUUCUCCAUAUUGACCAUCUGUACCUCGGUGGUCGAGAAUCGACAUGGACUAUAUGCCGUGAGGUUCCUUCUCGGAUGUGCCGAAGGCGGCAUCUCUCCAGGACUUGUUUGGAUGCUGUCUCAAUUUUACCGACGGUCAGAAUUAGGCUUCCGAACCAGCAUCUACAUCUCCGCCGCCAGCGCCAGUGGAGCUUUCGGUGGUUUGCUUGCCAUUGGUCUCAGUCAGAUUCCACGCUGGGGGCUCAUACACACAUGGAGGAACAUCUUCUUCUUUGAGGGCCUUAUAUCCCUCCUUAUCGCCGCCCUCGCCUUUUGGAUAAUUCCUCGUGGUCCAGAGACAGCCAGAUUCCUGAACGAAGAGGAAAAAGACGUGGCUGUCAACAGGUUAAGGGUGGAUAGCGCGGGCACAACAGAAGGCGGCCACACACGCUGGAAACACGUCCGCCAGGCCCUUCUCAGUCCGCACGUUCUGGCCUGUGGCGUGGGAUUCUUCUUCGGCAAUACCGCAGCCCAGUCAUUCUCGGUCUUCGCUCCUAGCAUCAUCGCCGCUAUGGGUUAUUCGAGCACCCGCGCCCAGCUACUUUCUGUGGGUCCUUACGUCUGUGCAUGUCUCUUUUCGAUCCUGAUCGGCUGGCUUUCAGACAGAUACAAGAAGCGAGCGGUGCUGAUCAUCUGCUCUGUUCCAAUUGGCAUUGUCGGAUUCUUCAUGCUAGAAUUCCUGCCGGCCGACCGCCCAUCUGUCAAGUACGGCGCCUUGUACCUCGGGGCCACCGGACUCUAUUCAUUUCUGCCACUGUGGCUCGCUUGGGGAGUUAACAACUGCGCUACAGCAACUGUGCGGGCCUCAGCAUCUGGCAUCAUCUUUACAAUGGGCUCAUUGGGAGGUAUACUCGCACCUUGGAUAUACUUACCCAGCGAUGCGCCAAACUACCGCACCGGCCACGCUAUUCUUUUGAGUUUCUUAUGUGGCUCAUGGGCUUGUGCCAUUGGCUUGUUGAUGUACGUCAAGUGGGAGAACAAGCAGAGGGAUUUGGGCCGCCGCGACCACAUCCUGGAGGGCUUGACACAACAACAGGAAGUCGAAUUGAGCAGCAAGCAUCCAGCUUUCCGGUACAUGACUUGA